AUGACGACCAGUGAUGGCGUCACUCUUCGUCAUCCGCCAAUUCCAAUGGUUGAUGUUCAUCCUCGAUUAGAUAUCGAUACUAUAUCGAUACUUAGUUCUCAAUCGGAUAGUGUUCCACAUUUAUCGUCCUACAUUGAAUCUGACGAUGAAGGCAAGGGUUUAGUGGGCAGUAACUCAACACGUUUACAUGAAGCGAUCGCUCAAACUUCAUCCUUAACAUCUGCAUCUCAACAUCAGCCGUCGGCAUUCAAAAAAGAUUGGGCCAUGUACUUGACGAAAACAAGUAAUGGUGGUCAUAAUAAACACCGUCAUAAUAAUGAGAGUUCAAGUGAUACAAGUGAAAGUGACGAUGAUGACGAAUCAUCCUCGAGUAUUUCAGAUGAUAAUGGAAGUGAUCAAGACUUUGUCGAUGAUCCGUGGACAAUAAAUACCGUACAACGAGAAUAUUAUACAAAACAAUUUCGAGAUAUCCAGCCAGAUAUAACAAAAAUAAUUAGUGGUAAUAUAGCAAAAGAAUUCUUUGAACGUUCACAUUUACCAACAAGUGAGCUGUCACAAAUUUGGAACCUAUCGGAUGUUAAUCAUGAUGGUGCAUUGUCACUUGCUGAAUUUUGUACUGCUAUGCAUCUUGUCGUUCUACGUGUUAAUGGUUUCGAAUUGCCUGAUGAACUUCCACCACAAUUACAGCCAUAUACACCAUUAAUUGAUUUAUCCGAUUCGACAACACAGCUUUCACAAACAAAUGAACAAGCAGAGAAUUGGGCAAACUUUAAAACUACUAACAGUGAACUGCCACCUAAUCCACCAUUAAAUCACGAUGAAAAUCCAAAUGCACCGAAACAAUUCACCUACGGGCCACCAUUACCUGACAAUCACCGCAUUGUUGCGCCAGUUGCUGUUCGUUUAUCUCCACCACCUCAUUUACCACCGACGGCAUCAGUUGCUACUCCAAGCGCGACAUCGAAACCACCUCCACCUCCGCCGCCCCCGCGUGUGCCUGGGCGAACAGCGUCAGUUGAUAUUCCACCCCAACCAGUUCUACCACCACGUACAAUAGUCAAUGACACACCUCAACGAAAUCUCACCCUAACUACCAGCAAUAACAAUAGUUCGUCUACGAAUACGACGCCCUAUUUCUACAAUCGAACGCGACCAUCAGUUGCAUCUACACCUCAACAACCGGAUGCAAACAUUCUUCUUGGCCAGAUACGCGAUUUAUUACAGCCUGAUCAUUUACAAGAAUUAGCCGCAAUUAUCUCAACACCAUCAGCUACCACGAUUGAGAAUCUCCACGUAGCAUUAAAUCAAACGAAAACACGAAAUUCAGUACUCAAAGCCCAAUUGAAACAUUGGGAAGAUCGACUGACAGAUCUCAUUGAUAAACGUAUCUCAUUAGAACUUCAAUAUAAAUUGCAACAGCAACAGCAACAGCAGUAG